AUGGAGGUUGCCGUUGGAUAUCGCACCAGUCUGGGCUUGAGCGAGUGUAUGCCGUCUUCUCAGCUAUCACCCACAAGGCACAAGCAAUCAUCGCUGUCUUCGUCUCAUUGUUGCGCCGACUCAUUUCGAAUUCCCAGCUUAAGCUCUCCUGGGUCCUCUCCUAGAAAAGCUGCGAUUUCGCCGAGGGCCACGGCGGAUAACCACUCGGCCUUGUCAGCAACGGCAGUGACAAAAAGGGAACAAAGUGCUACCAAGAUCGACGAGGCAUGGCACGAGAGCACCAGCAUUUACCUUCAAAACUCGACUAUGUGGCAACAGAAUCUUGAGCUCGACUUUGAGACAAGGCAUGAGGAGGAUCGCCUGUGGGAAGACAUGCUUGUUAGAGACUUCAUGUGCUACGACGUGGCUUGCCUCCAUCGAGAUGUUCCGCUAAGGACAGCUGCCAAGAUUCUGGCCAAAUUGCGAGUAAGCGGAGUUCCUGUGGUGGAGGCAUACGACGGGGACUCUUAUGGAGCGGGGCAGCUGGUUGGAGUCCUCUCGCAACGGGAUAUUUUAUGGAAAGAAACUGUACCUUAUCCAGGGGAGGACGACCACAUGCAUCGAAUUUAUGAAGGUCCAAUGUCUCCUGUCUUGUGUGCCCAAAUGAGGAAGAUAGCAGCUAAAACUGUUGGAGAUGCCAUGACAUCAGACACCCUUUACAUUGAAGAGGACGCCUUGAUAUCAGAUGCUGCUGAAUUGAUGCUUAAUCACAAUAUUGCCCGUCUUCCUGUCGUCGCGCCUCGUGAAGACAAUAAGCCUGGCAUGACUCUUCUGCUGCUGCCACUGGUACUAUGCGUCGCCGUGCUUCUCGCCGGCAUCCACGUGCCAGUGGCCGAUGCCGGCGCUCUUAACCCUGGCGGAGUCAUCAAGGUUCCGACGCGCGGCCCGUGCUCCGCGACGCCCGUGCCGCUGACCGUCUCGACCGCCGCGGAUUUCGCGCAGCGGCUGCAGUACUCGCCGAACACGACGGUGGUCCUGUACCUAACCGGCAACAUCACCGUGUCGACGUGGGUGCACUUCAACGCGUCGUAUUCCUGCACCAUUAUCCGCCCGCAACCCGGGCUUACUUCCAUGCCGUGGAUCUGGCUCGAUAACGUCAACUCGCCCGCGGUGAAGGUGGAGAGCGCUACGAACAUGCAGUUUGUCGGGAUCGGGAUUGGAUUCCCGUGGACGAAUACCGGCAUGGUGGCGUGCGGCGGCUUGCCCGAGUUCCCGUCCAAGUGGACGUGCCCCGUGCUGCACAUCUACCGCGGAUGGGCCGUUACUUUCUCCAAUGGGCAAGUGCAGGGGCGCACGGACGUGUACCGAUCGGGCGCGGUGGAGUUUUCGUACCAGAAGCACGUGGUGGAUUAUCUCGACGGCGCGCUCUUCAGCUACUCCGUCAUCCGCUUCGCCGUCAACGGCGACCCCGUCAACCUCAUCCGCUCGCUCAACAAAGUCGUCAACAGCGAAGUCCGCGGCGCGUGGACGUCGAUCAUGAUGUACGCGGGCACGGUCGGCACCAUCAUCGCGAACAACUACAUCACGGACUUUCAGUUCUGCGGCGUGCAGUGCGGCAUGGGCGACAGCAACGUCGCGGAUUGCAUGCUCAACACCAUCCAGGAUAACUACAUCACGCCGGGCCCCGCUUACCCCACCAACAACGGCGACGGCGCCGGGAUCUACUACGAUCUGCAUUGGUACAACCCCGGCAAUCUGGACACGUGCAACUACAUCGUGGGCACGACGCACUGCCACUACCUCGACUUCACGACCACGGGCCUCACCAUUGACGGCGCUGUGUGCAUCCGCAACCAUGAUGGCAUCAAGAUCAACACCGGCCACGCCAACAAGGUGGGGAGCUACCUGAUCGUGAAUCCGCAGUGGCAGGCGGGCAUCAUGAGCUGUCAGAACUGGUGCGACAACAACUGCAACUCCUGGGCGGGCCGCGGCCUCGGCUACAAGUGGUACAGCGCCUACGUCGCCCGCUUUGACACUCCCGGCUGGCGCAAGAACUGGCCCUACCUCUCCGGCCUGUGCAACCGCACUGACUGGAUGGGACAGCCGUGCAACCCCGACCCUCCGAUCGAGCUUCCCAAGAACUGGACGGGCUACUGCUCGCAGUACCUCACCUACUCGUCCACGGGCAAGCAGCGCUCCGCGGAUUUCAACUACACGGGCAAGUGCAGCGGUGUUCCUGGGCUGAACAACAUCGAGCUGACGGUUAUCAAUGGUACCAACGGCCGCUGGAAUCCGUAUUAUAUCAACUGCGACGCUCUCCCGUCUGUUGUGCCCUCCAACAACAUCACUUCCGUGUCGUUUAACUACCCGCCGACCUACUUCAAGUUCGAUAAUUUCACCGGGGAUGAUUUCGGCGUGUCAGAUUUAUCGGAUCUGAUGUAUCAGAAGUAUCCCAAUUUCAUGUCGUGUAGCCGUCGCAGGGUCGGGCCUCAGAAACAGGUUCGCGCGAUGGCUGCUGCUCUCUCCACGGCAGAAUCCAACUUCGGCAAGGAUGUCGGCGAUUGGUGGAAGAACACGUUUGAUAUUAUCCCGGAGGAUCCGGAGAUUUCCCAGAUUCUCUACCCCAAGAAGUUCAACGGGAAGAAGCGCGAUCUCAACGCGCCCGUCCCCGCCGCUACGCCCAGCGGAAGCGGAACUCCCAAGAAGAAGCCCGGGAAGAAGCCAGGCUGGAAGGUACCGAAGGUGUCUAACUGGUGGAGCGGAAACUAG